CACAUCCAAAUGAGCCAAAUCUGUGUUUGUUUUGUUUAGUGAACGAAUAUAAAAUCAAAUUAUAUGAAUUAGCCUUAAAACAAAGUAAAUUAACCAGUGGUUUAUUAAUUAAUACAUACAUCCCUGUUUUUAACCUAACCUUCAGCUAGCUUAACCACAAUGUUAGGGGGUGUAAAGUUAAAAGUAAAUUUCACGCACGAGAAGACUUGUUUUGGUUAUAUCAGUCCAAAGUACAGCACAAACAAUGAACAGUCACAAUGCGUUCAAGUGCUAUGCAAGGACAAGCACAUCCUGCUAUGGGUGAUGUUCAGCAGCAAUGUGGCAGAAGGCCAGAUGGCCUGCAACCCCAUAUUCGCCAGGCUAGUGGGUCUCUCCGAGGGAGCGGAGGUGUUUGUGUCUCCGUACAGUGACACAAAGGUACUGGAGGAGCUCUACAUUGAUGCCGACAGCCCUGAUGACCAGGAAAUACUGGAACACAAUGCAGAGCUUCUUCAGCUGAGAAUUCUAGAUCAACUAAGAUUUGUGGCAGCCAAUCAGAAAGCAGUAGUGUGGAUAUCUGUGUCUUUACCCAUAGUGUUCACUGCCAAACAGACUGGCCUUCUAGUCAACCACAGCAGAGUGGUUAUCAAAGUAGAUGCCUUCAACACUUUGCACAAACCACCACAGCUAACCAAUAAAACUACCAACAAAAGUGAAGAUACCUCAUUCAAUAACAUUGGCAAAAUAAAUGAAGGCAUGCUAAGGCCAUAUCUACAUCCUCCAAAGAGACUGGUCUUAAGAGCAGUAGCAAUAGACAGUGAUGGUAAAAAAGACUUAAUCCACCCAUUUACAGUUUUUGUACAUGAAGAUCUCAUAGAAGAGAAGGAUAAAGGCUCAACUAUUCUAGCUACAAUUCAAAACUGUCCAUCAGUCAUAAAUGAUUUCAAAGAUGAUGGAGAAACUAAAAAUGAAUUGAUUGAUGAUAUGUGCGUAGAAAUAGUUCCAAUAGACAAAGUAAUAUUUAGGAGUCUAAGCAGAGAAGUGUACAAUAAAAAUAUACCAACUGUACUUAUCCCAAAAUCACUGAAUACCAUAGUGAAUAUAGAAAAUGGAAUGAAAAUUAUAAUGACACUCAUAAAUAAUCCUAUAGAACAACCAGACCACAUAGAUAUAGUAACAGAUGGGUCACAAUCAGAGUCAGAUAUUGUAGAAAAGUUCAAGACUUGUGUCAUAGACAAUACACAUUCCGGUAGAAAGUUCCUAAUCAACAAUAACAUAGUCAAACAAAAUGUACAGAUAUCUGAUGGAUUUAUACAAUUUAAACUGCAACCAGAGAGGUUGAAAUACACUGUGGUGAAUUCUGAGUCAUUGCGGCAUUGCACAAUCUCCGCCAAACAUAAUCCAGACCUAGUCCCUCAAAAAAUAAUGAAUUCAAGUCUAGAUUAUGAUAGUAAGAAUUUAUGUAGAAGUAUGAAGUCUGUAGAGAGUUUAGUCAUGAAGGUUGUCUCACAUUUGUACUUUGAAAUCGAUAGAGAAGCAACUUUUAAAGGUGCUUCAGAAAUUAAAAGCAAUGUUUUAGUAACUGGUGCUUCUGGCACAGGAAAAUCAUCCUUAUGCCGAAUAGUACAAAAGGAACUGACAGUGUGGUCCCAUAUUCUGCACUGUCGAUCUCUGAAGGGUCGUAAAGACAUUCCAGAUGUUUUAGGAAAAGCAAUCUUAAUGUGUCAGGAACACAGUCCAUCUGUGCUUAUCUGUGAUGAUGUGGACUCGUUAGUUCACCCUGACAUGGAAGGGGCUGCUUCGCCGACUGACAUAGCUUAUUAUCAAAGACUAGCAGUACUGAUAAAAUCGUCGCUCCAGUCCUGCUCGGGCGUGGCGGUACUGAUGACGGCCACCGGGGUCAACGACCUGCACCCCACGCUGGCCCAGUUCAGCGGGAAGCCACUGUUCACUGCGCAGUUCGAGAUCGGGGAGUUGGAUCAGGAAGAAAGAACGGAAUUAUUCAAGCAUCUAGUCAACAAUAACAUUCGUAGUCAGUUCCUGGUAGAAGACGACGAUGUUAUUAGACUGGCGAUGGACACGGCCGGGCAGAAUGUGAGGGACAUCAGUGACUACCUCAAUAAGAGAAUAUUCAAAGCUGUGAAGAGAAAAAGUGGCAACCCUACAGACAAGCCCCGCCUCAUAGACUCCUCAGAGUUAGAAAAGAAGCAGAGCGAAGUGUCAGACGUGUGGGCGACUGUAGGCGGCAUGGAGGAGGUCACGCAGCAACUCACUGAGGCCAUCUUCUGGCCGCUGAUGUACCCAGCUCUAUUCCCGGACCAGUCCUGCGGGGUGCUGCUCUACGGGCCUCCAGGCACGGGCAAGUCGCUCAUAGGGUCGUGCCUGAGCGCCGCGCCUCAAGUCAACUUCAUAGCGGUGAAGGGACCCGAGUUGCUGUCUAAGUACAUUGGGCAGAGUGAGAAGCAUGUGCGGGAUAUAUUUGAUAAGGCGGACAUGCAGCGGCCGUACGUGUUGUUCUUCGACGAGUUUGACAGUCUCGCUCCCAAGCGCGGCCACGACUCGACCGGCGUCACCGACCGCGUGGUCAACCAACUCCUAGCUCGUCUGGACGGCGCGGAGGGGGGCGCGGGGGGCGCGGUGCUGGCAGCCACCAGCCGGCCGGACUUGCUGGACCCGGCGCUGCUGCGCGCGGGCCGCCUGCACACGCACGUCAUGACCUCCAUGCCGCCCGAGGCGGCGCGGCUAUCGAUCCUGCAGACGCUCGCCAAAGACGUGACCAUCAGCCCCGAGGUAGACCUGGGCUCCGUCGCGGCCAGGACUGACGGGUUCUCCCCGGCAGACCUCAAGUCUCUGCUGGUCACCGCUCAGCUGACCAGCUUGGAGGAUCAGCUGGAUAACCCAGAAGAGUCUGCGAUGAAGGCGGUCGUGGUGUCGAAACAAGACAUAGAGAAGGCACUGGAGGAAACCCAGCCCUCGCUGUCGAAGGAACAACUGAAGUUUUACGACACGGUGUACAAGAGGUUCAGAGGAGAAAGUCUAACAAAAGAAGAAGCGACAAUAUCUUCAGAAUUGAACCGACAAAGAGUAACAUUAGCGUAAGCUCACAGGCAAAAAAGUGUAGUUAAUACGCUAAAUCUGUCCACCAAGCCUCACUAGACCAGCGUGGUGGACUAGGCUUAAACCCUUCCUUCAUUGGAAGGAGAGCCGUGCCCCAGCAGUGGGGACGUAAUGGCGUGAUGGAUUGUGGUGAUGAUGCCAAAUUUAGAUUUACGUUUAAGCUUAGCUUGUAGGCAUUGCCUUGUCGUCAAAUUAUGAUUCAAAGUUGUGCCUUGGUGUACCUAACAUGAAAUCAAUAACCCUUAUUCGCCAGUCGGCUUAUUACAUUAAAUUACAAGUAAGUAAAAGUAAGCAGUGCUGUGAUCAAUACAAUUUUUGUAGCAUUAAGUCAACCCUUUGUAGACUUAUAUUUUAUGUUUGUGCAUAAAACAAUUAAAUGAUAAUAUUAUUAUUAUAAUAACUUAUAAUAACAUCAGUAAAAUAAAUUAUCUUGUUUUAUUAGGAGUUAUGUUAUUAAUAUGUUAUUAAUCUAUGUUGCUCAGUCAGUAGUUCGGUACUUACAUAUAUUUUUAAUAGUGCAUUACUUAAUUAUGUAUGUACCUAUUACUACAUAAUAUCUAUGCAAGCUACAUUCUAGGUUAUAGACUGAAGCAAAAUGCACAAAUUUAAUUUGGUAGUGGUCUUAUUUCUUAUUUUUAGUUAAGUAGGUAUAUUGGGUUAUUUAGUAAUAUAAGUUCAAUCCUCGUGGUAUCUAAUGUUGAAUAUUAUUUAUUAAGUAAAUAUUUUGUAAUAAAAUUGUUGGAUUGGUUA